GGAGAUUUGGCGCGAAAACCUCAUUCUACAUUUUAGUAUAAUCGAUAUCAGCAUGCACCGGCUACCGGUUUAAUUUAUUAGAUAUUUAAUAAUAUAAUUACUGUGAUAAUAAUAAUAAUAAUGGCUGGAAAACGCUCGACCAAUGGCAGUGAAUCUUCAUCAGCAUCAGAUGCCGAUGAGGACUUCAACGCCAAGCUGGAAACAGAUCAGGGCAAACGUUUUGACUACCUCCUCAAGCAAACAGAAAUUUUCUCACAUUUCAUGAACCAAAACAAAUCUCCUAGCAAACCUAAUCCUGUUAGUAAACCAAAGAAAACUAAAGAACUUAAUGCAGAUCGCAGACAUCGUAAAACCGAACAGGAAGAGGAUGAAGAACUCUUAGUUGAAACCAGUACGAAUACGAAAGAUUUGGUUAAAUUUGAUGUCUCUCCCCCAUAUAUCAAAGGAGGAGAAAUGAGAGAUUAUCAAGUUAGGGGUUUGAACUGGAUGAUCUCUUUGUAUGAAAAUGGCAUCAAUGGUAUUCUUGCUGAUGAAAUGGGUCUGGGUAAAACCUUGCAAACCAUUUCACUACUUGGCUUCAUGAAACAUUACGGAAACUCAGCAGGGCCCCAUUUAGUAAUUGUACCAAAAUCUACAGUCUCAAACUGGAUGAAUGAAUUUAGUAAAUGGUGUCCGUCAUUGAGGGUAAUUUGUCUAAUUGGUGCUAAAGCAGAAAGACAUGCUCUCAUUAAGGAUGUCCUAAUGCCUGGUGAAUGGGAUGUCUGUGUCACGUCUUUUGAAAUGUGUAUUAAGGACAAAUUGGCCAUUAAAAAAUUCAGCUGGGGCUACUUGGUUCUUGAUGAAGCUCAUAGAAUCAAAAACGAAAAAUCCAAACUCUCUGAAAUUCUCAGAGAAUUUAAAACAUCAAACAGACUAUUGUUGACUGGUACUCCAUUGCAAAAUAACUUGCAUGAACUUUGGGCACUACUAAAUUUCUUACUUCCUGACGUCUUCAAUUCUUCCGAUGAUUUUGAUGCCUGGUUUAAUACCAAUAAAUGUUUAGGCGAUAGUUCUUUAGUUGAAAGAUUGCAUGCCGUAUUGAAGCCGUUUCUGCUGAGAAGAUUGAAGUCCGAAGUAGAGAAGGGAUUGAUGCCCAAAAAAGAACUAAGCGUUUAUGUUGGUUUGAGUAAAAUGCAAAGAGAAUGGUACACAAAACUAUUAAUGAAAGACUUUCACUUUAUCAAUGGGUUUGGAAAUACUGAAAAAAUCAGUCUCCAAAACAUACUUAUGCAGCUUAGAAAAUGUACCAACCACCCAUAUUUGUUCGACGGAGCUGAACCAGGUCCACCAUACACUACAGAUGAACAUAUUGUAUUUAAUUGUGGCAAAAUGGUAAUUUUGGAUAAAUUAUUAUGUAAGCUCCAAGAACAAGGCAGUCGAGUAUUGAUUUUUUCUCAAAUGACGCGUAUGUUGGAUAUCCUUGAGGAUUAUUGCCACUGGAAGAUGUACCCAUAUUGCAGACUCGACGGAAAUACGGCCCAUGAAGACCGUCAAAGCCAAAUUAAUGAAUACAAUAAAGAGGCCAGUGAAAAGUUUGUUUUCCUCUUGUCUACCAGAGCCGGUGGUUUGGGUAUCAAUUUGGCGACAGCUGAUGUUGUAAUUAUUUACGAUUCUGAUUGGAAUCCUCAGAUGGAUUUGCAGGCAAUGGACAGAGCCCAUAGAAUUGGCCAAAAAAAACAAGUCAGAGUAUUUAGAUUAAUAACCGAUAAUACUGUUGAAGAAAAAAUUGUUGAACGUGCCGAGAUUAAGCGUCAUUUAGACAAGAUUGUCAUACAACAAGGAAGAUUAGUGGAUUCAAAAGCUGCAGCUUUAAAUAAAGAGGAAAUGUUGAAUAUGAUCAGGCAUGGAGCUAAUCAUGUCUUCGAGUCAAAGGACUCCGAGAUAACAGAUGAAGAUAUCGAUGUUAUCCUAGAAAGGGGUAAAACUAAAACACUAGAGUUGGCUCAAAAAAUGGAAAAAUUGGGAAAAUCAUCAUCAUCAUCGAAUUUUACAGUGGAUGCCUCAAGUGAGUCCGUUUAUAAAUUCGAAGGAGAGGAUUAUCGGACAAAACAAAAAAAAAAUCCUGUACUGAGUAAUUGGAUUGAGCUUCCCAAAAGGGAAAGAAAAUCCGUUAAUUUUUAUUUAAACGAAGUCUUUGCAGCUUCCGAGCCGAAGGCACCAAAACCACUACUUCCGCCUAAGCAACCUAUGGUGCAAGACUUCCAAUUUUUUCCAAAGCGUCUUCUGGAACUUUUGGAUCAAGAAAUGCAAAAUUACAGACGAAGUGUUGCAUCUAAAGAAAACGUAGACUUGGAAUCAGAGGCUAACAAACAGCAUGAUGAUGAUUCCCAUCCUCUCACAGAAGAGGAGCAACAAGAAAAAGAACAUUUAUUAAGCCAAGGUUUUACUGAUUGGAAAAGAAGGGAUUUUAGCCAAUUCAUUAAAGCCAACGAAAAAUAUGGCAGAGACGACAUUGAGAAUAUUUCUAAAGAAGUUGAAAGCAAAACCCCAGAAGAAGUCGCGCGAUAUUCUGCAGUGUUCUGGGAACGACGCCAUGAAUUGCAAGAUAUAAAGAAGAUAAUGGCUCAAAUUGAACGUGGAGAGGCUAAAAUUCGACAACAAGCCAGCAUAAAACGAGCAUUGGACGCAAAAAUGGCCAGUUGUAGAGCACCAUUCCAUCAAUUGCAAUUGUCAUAUGGCAAAAAUAAAGGCAAAUACUACACCGAAGAAGAGGACAGAUUUUUAGUUUGCAUGUUGCAUAAAUUUGGUUUUGAUAGGAAAGAUGUUUACAAAGAAAUUAGAGCAGCUAUAAGAGCAUCUCCGCAAUUCAAAUUUGAUUUGUUUUUAAAGUCUAAAACUUCCAUAGAAUUACAGAGGCGCUGUCAGACUUUGUUAAUGAUAAUCGAGAGGGAAAAUUCUGGAGUGGAAGACAAAGAAAACAAGGACAAAAAGAGAAAUCCGCCGAACACUGGCCAGUCAACUGAUACUUCAGAUCAAACUUCCGAGAAAGCAACACAAAAGAGGAAGGGCAGUGCUAGUACUUCUGCACCGGAGAUCAAGAGGAGUAAGAAAGAGUAGCAGUUUUUCCUUAUUUCCAUUAAUUUUGUUUUCGGUUUAUUUAUGCGUGCAUGCAUGUAUGUAUUAUGUAUUUCUAUUCUGUUUAUUUAUGCAUGUAUUUAUUUAUAAAUUUAAUUUUUUUGUUUGUUGUUUUGAAUAAUAAUUAUGUUUAGUUGUCCCACACCGAAUGUGUCCUUAUUUUUAUUCAGUUGUUUAUUGAUUCAUGUAUUUAUUAUUAUGUACCUAGUAUUGAAUAAUUAUGUUUAGUUGUCUGACACAGAAUGUGAUAUUGUUUUAAUACAGAAUUUUUU